AUGGCACCAAAGAAGGGGCAAAAGAAGAAUGGGCAAAACAACCAUGCAAGAAAUUCUGAUAUGGACGUUGAAGACCGUUUGCAAGCUGUUGUCUUGACGGAUUCUUACGAAACUAGAUUCAUGCCGCUAACAGCUGUCAGGCCAAGAUGUCUGUUGCCGUUGGCUAAUGUACCGCUCAUUGAAUAUACUUUGGAAUUUCUAGCCAAAGCCGGUGUACACGAAGUUUUUUUGAUUUGCUCUUCUCAUGCUAACCAAAUUAAUGAUUACAUCGAAAACUCCAAAUGGAAUUUGCCUUGGUCUCCAUUCAAAAUCACGACCAUAAUGUCCCCUGAAGCUAGGUGCACAGGUGAUGUCAUGAGGGAUCUGGAUAACAGAGGUAUCAUUACUGGUGAUUUCAUUUUAGUAAGUGGUGAUGUGGUGACCAACAUCGACUUCAGUAAAAUGCUGGAAUUUCAUAAAAAAAUGCAUUCCCAAGACAAAGACCAUAUCUCCACCAUGUGUUUGAGCAAAGCUACCAGUUACCCUAAAACAAGAACCAUUGAACCUGCCGCAUUCGUCUUGGAUAAAUCCACUAAUAGAUGUAUUUACUACCAAGAUCUACCAUUGCCAAGCUCUAGAGAAAAGACUUCCAUUCAAAUCGAUCCUGAAUUAUUGGACAAUGUUGAUGAAUUUGUGAUAAGAAACGAUUUGAUCGAUUGUAGGAUCGAUAUUUGCACUUCCCACGUUCCCUUAAUUUUCCAAGAGAAUUUCGACUACCAGUCACUGAGAACAGAUUUCGUUAAAGGUGUUAUCUCUAGUGAUAUCUUGGGGAAACAUAUUUACGCCUAUGUAACGGGUGAAUACGCCGUAAGAGUUGAGAGUUGGCAAACCUACGAUACAAUCUCUCAAGAUUUCUUAGGAAGAUGGUGUUAUCCUUUAGUCUUGGAUUCUAAUAUACAGGAUGACCAGACAUAUUCAUAUGAAUCAAGACAUAUAUACAAAGAAAAAGAUGUUGUUUUGGCUCAAUCUUGUAAAAUUGGUAAAUGUACUGCUAUCGGCUCAGGCACCAAAAUCGGAGAGGGUACUAAAAUUGAAAACUCUGUUAUUGGAAGGAACUGCCAAAUUGGUGAAAAUAUUAGAAUUAAGAAUAGCUUUAUUUGGGAUAACUGUGUCAUCGAAAACAAUAGCAUUAUCGACCAUUCAUUACUCGCUUCCAACGCCAUGUUGGGAACCAAUGUACACGUAAAUGACGGUUGUAUCAUCGGCUAUAAUGUCAAAAUUGAUGCUAACAUGGAUUUAGAUGGAAAUACUAAAAUAUCCGCAAACCCAUUGAAGAGCGCUUUCUCUGGGAUGUAUGGCAACGAUGAUGACGAAGAACUUAGUGAAGACAAUGAUGGCCAAGUAUUAGCUGUCUCUAUAGUUGGAGAAAAGGGUGUUGGCUACAUCUAUGAAAGUGAAUUUUCUGAUGACGAAGACAGUUCUACAGAAGCCUAUAAAGAAGUGAACACUUUGAGUAACCAAUUAGAAGAGUUAUACCUAAGUGAUGACUCCAUUUCCUCUACCACCAAAAAGACCAAGAAAAAGAGAACGAUGUCUGUCAAUAGUGUAUACACUGAUAGAGAAGAAUUUGAUUCAGAAUUUGAGGAAGAAGAUUUCGAAAAAGAGGGUAUUGCUACUGUAGAGCGUGCUAUGGAAAAUAACCAUGAUCUUGACACCGCCCUACUAGAAUUAAAUACUUUGAGAAUGAGUAUGAACGUCACGUACCAUGAAGUGAGAAUAGCAACCAUUACUGCAUUAUUGAAAAGAGUUUACCAUUUCAUCGCAACUCAAACAUUAGGUCCCAAGGAUGCUGUGGCCAAAGUUUUCAAUCAAUGGGGGCUACUAUUUAAGAGACAAGUCUUUGAUGAAGAAGAAUACGUUGAUCUAAUGAACAUCCUAAUGGAGAAAAUUGUAGAACAAAAUUUUGAUAAACCGGAUUUGAUCCUAUUUAGUGCAUUGGUUUCUCUAUAUGAUAAUGACAUCAUUGAAGAAGAUUCCAUUUAUAGAUGGUGGGACAGUGUUUCUGUUGAUCCUUGUUAUGAUGAAGUUAAGAAAUUGACGGUGAAAUGGGUCGAAUGGUUACAAAAUGCUGAUGAAGAAUCUUCCUCAGGAGAGGAAUAA